AUGAUGCCUCGACUCAUUGUUAUGCUGAUGAUGGCCUCUUUGUCAACAGAGGUCUACACCACCAUCAGCUUGGAAUCCCCCAGUGAAGAUCAGGCAAUACUCAAAGCCCUGAGAGAUUUAAGCCACGCAUCAAUACUAUCAUCAGCAAAGACUUCUGGAAAUAUACCUUUUGGUAAAGUUCAUUCAGCUGAUGGACGUUUCCACGGGACAGGAUGGUGGAUCUCCAAGGUGCUCCUCCCUCAGAUUACAGGGAAACGUCAAGACAUGUCCUCUUACAACUUCAACUCGUUUGGUCUACGUUACGGAAAAAGACAGGAAAACUGAUAGCUGUUGUUAUUCUCUGUAAGAUCUGAUACUUUAACUUAUUCAUAAGUAUUACAUUUGUGUAUUUAGAUUGGGGAAAUCAAAUAACAAUGUAAAGGUUAAAGGCUCAAUGAAAACUCUUAAAUAUUAUUA